GCUUGGCUCUCUCCCUUAGUAACAGCUCCCCUCCUGCCUCGGUGCUGCGCCCUGCCCCCGCGCCCCUCCCCCGCCCGACCCGCCGCUCGGCUGUCAGCGCCCGCACCCCAGGGCGCCUCGGGGUGCCGACGGCGGCCAGGAGGGGAGCGCCGCGCGUCCUGGAGGGGACAGCGUCUCCAAGCAGCCUCAGCAGCUUGUGUUUGGUGGUCAGAUAUCCAGGUGUACAUUCUCACAUCAAUGCACUGCCAAUGGGUUAUAUCCUGUGUUGUGACCUCAUGGUUUAAGUGGGAAUAAAGAUGAGUAUAAGCAGUGAUGAGGUCAACUUCUUGGUAUAUAGGUACUUGCAAGAGUCAGGAUUUUCUCAUUCCGCAUUUACCUUUGGUAUAGAGAGCCAUAUAAGUCAAUCCAAUAUAAACGGUGCCCUUGUCCCACCUGCCGCAUUGAUCUCUAUCAUCCAGAAAGGCCUGCAGUAUGUAGAGGCAGAAGUUAGCAUAAAUGAGGAUGGCACCUUAUUUGAUGGUCGGCCUAUUGAGUCUCUGUCCCUGAUAGAUGCUGUUAUGCCUGAUGUCGUCCAAACAAGACAACAAGCCUACAGAGACAAACUUGCACAGCAACAUGCAGCCGCUGCUGCAGCUGCUGCCGCAGCCACUAACCAACAAGGAUCUGCAAAAAAUGGAGAGAAUACAGCAAAUGGGGAGGAGAAUGGAGCACACACCAUCACAAACAAUCAUACUGAUAUGAUGGAGGUAGAUGGGGAUGUUGAAAUCCCUCCCAACAAAGCAGUUGUGCUACGGGGCCAUGAAUCUGAAGUUUUCAUCUGUGCCUGGAACCCUGUUAGUGAUCUCCUGGCAUCAGGGUCUGGAGACUCCACAGCAAGAAUAUGGAAUCUUAGUGAGAACAGCACAAGUGGUCCCACACAGCUGGUCCUUCGACAUUGCAUACGGGAAGGGGGACAAGAUGUUCCCAGCAACAAGGAUGUCACUUCUCUAGACUGGAAUAGUGAAGGUACACUUCUAGCAACUGGGUCAUACGAUGGAUUUGCCAGAAUAUGGACUAAAGAUGGUAAUCUUGCCAGCACCUUGGGGCAGCAUAAAGGCCCUAUAUUUGCAUUAAAAUGGAAUAAGAAAGGAAAUUUCAUCCUAAGUGCUGGCGUAGAUAAGACUACCAUUAUUUGGGAUGCACACACGGGUGAAGCCAAGCAGCAGUUCCCGUUCCAUUCAGCCCCAGCACUGGAUGUCGACUGGCAGAGCAACAACACCUUCGCGUCUUGUAGCACAGAUAUGUGCAUUCAUGUCUGCAAAUUGGGACAAGACAGACCUGUCAAAACAUUCCAGGGACACACGAAUGAAGUAAACGCUAUCAAAUGGGACCCAACUGGCAAUCUCCUGGCCUCAUGCUCAGAUGACAUGACCUUGAAGAUUUGGAGUAUGAAGCAAGAUAACUGUGUCCAUGAUUUGCAAGCACAUAAUAAAGAGAUUUAUACUAUUAAAUGGAGUCCAACAGGACCAGGGACAAAUAAUCCAAAUGCCAACCUUAUGCUAGCAAGUGCAUCCUUUGAUUCUACAGUUAGGUUAUGGGACGUAGACCGAGGGAUUUGUAUCCAUACUUUGACAAAACACCAAGAGCCUGUGUACAGUGUGGCUUUCAGUCCUGAUGGCAGGUAUCUGGCAAGUGGUUCUUUUGACAAAUGUGUACACAUCUGGAACACACAGACAGGUGCUCUAGUUCACAGUUACAGGGGAACCGGUGGGAUUUUUGAAGUUUGCUGGAAUGCAGCAGGAGACAAAGUUGGAGCCAGUGCAUCAGACGGUUCAGUUUGUGUCUUAGACCUUCGGAAAUAGCGUUACUAGUUGGAAGCCAUGGACCGACUAUGAAUGUGUACAUAGCCACAAGACUAUCCCUGACCCACAUCCUGCUAUAGUCCCACUUGAACCAUGGCCAGUCCACUACAGCCAAAUCUAAGAGAAAUAUAUACAUGCAGUAUAUAUGAACACAGCUGUACCCUGAAGAUGAGUCUCUUCCCAGCUUGUGAAUUCUGCUCACCAAGUGCUGGGAUCUAACCUGCUGUGCCCCUAAGUAGCAUUUAGAAGUUUGGAUAUGAAAAGCAGAAGAGAUGGAAUAUGCGUUAUAAGAGCAAACCACACAUGUACCAGUUUUGGAUAUUAAUAACAGCCUUGUUUCUCUCUUUAAAUCAGCCGACACCAUGGAUUAUAUUCUUUUUCCCUUCAGUAGUGCACAGUUUGUAUGUACAGAGAACAAGGACUUAACAAAAACUCGCGGCGGUAGUUCGUUCUUGCUUUCAAGUUUGUUUUGGUUUAGAUUAUGGAUGCAUGAAGUAAGGGAGUGAAUCAUUUUCUUGCUUUUAUUUUUCCUUACCUUUUAAAAAACAAAAAAAAAUCUUAAAAAUAUUUUACUGCAUUCUUUGGAAAGGUAGAUGUUUGGUACAUUUUAUGGCUCCCAGAGCAUAUAUUCAGUUGAUGCAUAUUGUGAAGGAGUUGGAAUUAAAGGAAACCACAUGACGCCCGUCAUGUUACUCUCUAGAACACAUCAGCAAAGGGUAUUAUUAUGUUAUCUUUCUUUUGGGGUUUUGUUUUUGUUUUAUGUAUGUGUGCGAGAGAGAGAGAGAGAGAGAGAGAGAGAGAGAGAGAGAGAGAGAGAGAGAGAGAGAGAGAGAGAGAGAGAGAGAGAGAGAGAGAGAAAUAAUAGCUUAAGUAAAAUAGUUUCUUCUUGGGGACGUAUUUCUGCCAAUUAAAGACUAGAAGGGCACAAUUUUUUUUAAAUACCAUAAAGAAGAGACAGUUUUUUAAUAAAAAAAUCUUCUGAUGUUUUGCAGCCAUAACUAAAUUAUGGUCAAAAUGUGCACUAUUAUGAGAACGAGCAACCUAGGAUGGGGCUUUUUUUUUCCUUUCUUUUUUUCUUUUUUUAACCAUUUGUCUGUUUUACUUAUUUCUUAAGAGAUUAAAAUAUUUCUGGAUAAGGAUUAGCUUCUCAAAGUGUCCAUCAUUCUGUAUAGAAGCUUAAAUAUGUAAUGUAACCAGAUUCCAGUAUUAAAAAUCUCUCAUGUUAUUUUUCUUUUUUACAAAGCAAGAUUAUGGCAUAUAACACUGCCAUCACUUAGCAAAAUGUUUGCUACCUUAGUUUUAAAAACAACUUUAAAGGCUUGCUUAGAGGUCUGAGUCGCGGCUACUGAGAGUUCAGGGAGAGCUGUGGCCGCUGUGCCACUCUGCCUGCAUCUGUGGCUUCAGGGCUGCACUUUGUCAAGCAACAUAGAUCUAAGCUGUUGUUUUCCAGUAAUCACUACUAUAUCAUGUCUUCUACUCUGUUCAUAUCAAGUAUUUUUUAAAGAUAAUAGGCAUCCAAUCAGAUCUCUUCUUGUGCUCAGCUGAAAGUACAAUAUACCUACAAAUAUUCACUAGAGGCCAUGUUUGCGAAGGUGCUUAUUAACAGGAGAGUCAAGAUUAACAGAAGAACCCCAGAUGUGUCGCUUCUGAAGAGAACAGUUGUCAAAUUUAUAUCUUCAAAUUUUUUAUUAAGAAACUGCUUAGAAAAUUUAUAACACUAUUUGUGUCACGAGUUGGUUUGAGGCCUCUGACUGCUGAGUCCCACCCUGUGUUUUGGUAAGCGUCUCCAACUCAGCCCUGCAGCUUUGAUGCUCAGUAUCUGCUGCUUUGUUCUUUGCAAAACAGCAUUGAUUGACGCAAGUCUUGUCUUCACUAAGGUAGGGUGGCAUUUGCUUUUGGUAAAGAGGGUGAAUACACUUAAAUUUCACUAUACAUUGUUAUAUCUCCCCAUUGUUCUUAGUGGGGUCUAGGAUACUGUAAUAAUAUUUUUAAAAUUUACACCCAGAGAGGCAGUCGUUUAUGGUUUGUGCCAGGUAUUUUUAGGGUUGGAUCCACUGAGAUAUGUAGAGCUCACUGCUCUGGGGCUCUGUAGGAAAUCUACAAUGCUGAGUAUCUGGCACUUGUGAUUUUGCUUAUACUGAGAGAGGGUCACAUCUGUUGGCCUCUGUUGUUGUUUAAAAAAAAAUUAAAAAUGUGUGCAAUAAUUUUUAAAUAUGCUCCCAGGAAUAGACACAAAUGUUUGAGCAUGCCUGCGCUGCAUCUCCUUCAGCGGUGCGUUUCUCAGUUGCACUGAAUCUAAGCGGAAGUCAGAGGUGGUCGCUGAUAGUGCUUUGUAUUUUGAUAUGACAUUUUAUUCAUUUGCAUACAGUCAUUGACAUUCUUCCCAGCUGAUUCAAAGACAGUCACAAAUUCCUGCAAUACAGCUGCCAGAAUGAGAGCUGAAUUUUAUGAUGUUGUCUUGCUUCCUGUUGGGUAUGUUUCUUGGUUUGGUUUCUUUUCCUCUUUCUUUGGCUAUUUUACUUCAGCACCUAACUAUGACAGGAUGUCUAACAGAGCAUGAGUGCAGAGCUUUCUGUCCCGAAGUCUUGGGUCUUGGAUCUUUCCGGACAGACUUGUCUGAAGAUGUGUCCAUCUUUAGCCUGGUGGUGCUUCGUGAGCAUAGGACCGUGUGCUUUGCUGCUGCUGUCGCUGUCUCCGUAGCCUGCUGACGUGCCACAAUGCUGCUCCACAGAUGCUGCACCAUGUCUCUCCAGAUGAUCAUGGGAGACCAUGUUUCACAGCAUAUUAAGUUCUGUCUUGGGGUUCUUACUUUCCCUCUUGUCUUUUUCUGAGAGCUUACUCUGAAGAUCCCCAGAGUCCAGUACUCUUUCUAUGGUGUUCAUUUAAAUCACCUUUUUUUUUUUUUUCCUCUACGGUAAGGAACUUAAUCAUAAGGAAAAGAGAGCAAGGAGACUUACAUGAAUACUCUUUGAUUACCAUCAAAUAGAGGGAGCAGCUGCCACCCUUAGAAGGCAUGAAUCUCUGCUCUCCAUGCUGGAGACAUAGAUUUGCCCUAUUUCCUUUUUCCAUGAUCAGGUAAUAUUGACUUUCAGAUGACUUUAGGAGUAGUAACUGGAAUAGGUCUUAGAGUGUAGCAAAUUCUGUUUUCAUAAAUUAUUCUCUAGGUGAGUAUGUUUUUAGGAUUAAACACCUUUUGCAGAUACUGAAAGUGCCUCCUUUUGUGGUAUAAAAAAACAAAUUAUGGUGCAAAAAGUAAUCAGUAGAUUGAAUCACAUGAAGGUUUUUUGCUUUUUGACAUAAAAAUGUCAAGAGACAGGCCAAAGAUUUGUACUUUUCACUUAUAAAGCACUCCCUUUUUUCUUAGGAUCCUUUCUGUCGAAUCAGAUUUAAUGAGAGAGUACUAUUUUUGAGGAGCUAUCUGUUAAUGUAGAAUGAUUUUGUUAAAAAGAGUACUGUAAAAUAUGAAUGAGGAACAGAGGCCCACAGAUGACUGGGCAUUGUAGUGUUGAAAGGAGUCGCAAAUGACCAGGCUUCUGCUAGCAGACAGGUUUUACCAGAUGCGUAGGAAAACCAUCUCAGACAGUGCUGUCUUGCUCUUUUAAAGACCAUUUAUGUUUUUGUGAGCACGUUGCAUAUUUCCCCAAAGCUUCAUUCCCUUGAACUAAGAGUGGUACUUGCAUAGAUGCUGUAGAAAUUCUGCCUGCGUGGACCAACAUUGUGGCACACCAGCAAAAGCCAGCAUUUGGGGGCUAGCAGCCAACCUGCAGAGACCCUGGGAGUGAUUUUUCGUUUGAUUUUGGUUCCCUCUUUUCUGAAAUCAGCAAGGAGUGAAGGUUGAUCUCCUUCCAGUAAUAGCUCUGAAGUGUCUGUCAUGUUUAAUAUCAGUUUUUUAUACAUGAUUCUAGUUGAAUGUAGAAGAGAGAAAAAAAGGGAGUGGAGUGCUCACAUUUUUUUUAAUUCUCUUAUUUAGAAUCUUGUGUCUUCUAUAUCAGUUCUGAGGUGUCCAUAGCAUUCUUUAUUUCUGCCCUUCUGUGACAGUGUUGAAGCAGGUUGAAUAACCAGGCUUUUGUUUGUUUGUUUAAAAAAAACCUAGCAGGCUACUUUAUGUUUUCUUUGGAAUUUCUGGGUAAGUUGGAGGAAAUGUUGUGCAUGUCGUAUCUGGUGUACUUUUUCAUCUCAUUACAAGCAGGCAGACUUCUUUGUGUAUCUCUGCCAUCCUUAAAUACAGAAGUGAUUUCUCUCCUGACUUGGACAUUAUUGUUAUAUAUAAUGUUUUCAUUUGGGUUUGGCAAAUCCGUUGGGUCUAAUUCUCUGAGCAUACCAUAGCACUGGGUGGUGAUGUCUGCAUCCUCCCUUUAAUUCCCCAGUUAACUGUAAAGCUGUUGUAAAAGUAUAACCCAGCCCUGGACAGUUUUUGUACAUGUUAAAGAACUUUAUUGUUCAGUUUUCAUGAUGAUUGUGCAAGGAAGACUGAUGCAAAUGCCUGUCUCUCCUGGACCAUGUCAAUGACACUUAUGAUGUAUUUUGGUUCCACAUCACAGUGAUUUGUCCCUAAUGACCCUUUGACCCUUUCCAGGCACAUUUUUUUUGUGUGUGUGUUGUUGUUGCAGUUUUCUCCUUUGCGUUGUAUUGCUUUGACAACUGUAAUUUGAAUCAGAUCUGAAAGAGGUCCAGAAUAAAAUAUAUUUUGAUAUUA